CAGUUUGGACGUCUUACCCAUUACGCAUUCGAUGCGGUUCUCUUUUCUGCCUUCCUGGCCGGCGUCAAGCGCUCGACUGGCUUAACCCCCAGUCUCAGCUCCGACAAAAUCACCGAUAACAAGGAUUUCAAGAAGUGGAUCGAUAACUACCUCGGUGUUGGCGAGUGGGUGAUGGACCAGUCCGUGGCCGUGCUGGGCUCUACCAGCUACUUUGAGCGCAGACGGUAA